CUGCCUUGGACUCGAAAAGUUCUCAUGAUGACUCUUCGUAGGCGCUUGUCAGUACUUCUUCAAGUUCGACUACCAUGGGUGGGAGCGCGUUCACCACCAUAGGCCCGUUCCCUCGUCUCUCCCGGGCCCUCUACGCAGCUCUCAAAGCGCGCCAUACCGCUAGUCUGGGUACUGUCUAUACCCAAGUCUGCACCCCCCUCGAGGCACCAGAGAAGCAGGACCACGGGGAUAUCGAUUUCCUGGUGUACUCUCCCGAUCAAGCCCGAUUACCGUCGCACGAUACUGUCAAGGACCUGCUCGGCGCUGUGCACGUUCUGCCAAUGCCGGGACCGCGGACGUCGAAUUAUGCUAUCCCCAUCCCGGAAGACGAGUUCAAUUCCCAGAUGUAUGUGGGGUGGUACCAAGUCGAUGUGCAUGUCUGUGGGUCUCUGGAAGAGUUUGCGCGUGUGAGGUUCUUUCAUUCUUAUGGUGAUAUGGGCAUGAUACUGGGUCUGGUGGCACGGCAUUCUGGGUUACAUCUUGGUGUGCAUGGGUUGAAGUAUCCAAACCCCCCGAAUCCAGGCAUCAUGCUGUCAACCGACUUCGACGUUAUCACUGAUUUUAUUGGGUGCGAUAUGAAGCGUUACGAACAAGGAUUUUCCACAAAACGAGCCUUGUUCGAGUGGAUCGCAAAGUCGCGCUUCUUCGCACCCAGAAUGUUUGGCAAGAGUGAUGCGGACGGGGCCAACCGAAUUCCGAGUCCUAAUGACGAGAGUCCUGCCGAGAGACAGCGCAGAAUACGCGAAGAGGCUUUGCGUCACUUUGGCAAAGAUGUCGUGUUGAACGUGCAGAUGAGUGAGAUCACAGCAAGGACUAGGCUGAAGGCUGCAUUUAAUGGGAAGAUAGUCGCUGAGUGGGCUGAGAUGGGUACCCAUUGGCGCGGUGUAAAGAUGAUCAUGGACCGUGUUAGGGAACAGUGCGGUGGUGGUGAUGAGCAUGUAAUGGAAAUGCUUGAUAACGAAGAGAAUGGAGAGGAGAAGCUCAUACAAAUGGUCAUCCAAGCCAGAGAAGAUUUGGGUCUUAGGAAAGCUAGCGACAUUACCUCUGAAAAUUAG